UAUUGCGGAUACUUGUACAAUGAAAGAAAGUAGUUCGAUUUGAGUGCACAAAAGGCGAAUGUGGCGAAUUGAAUAUGUCGGCGCCACAGGUAACCAAUGUGGAGAAGGUACUUCCGAACGAUGAAGAACUGGGACGAAGGAACUGCCGCUGGAGGGAACUGGUCAAGAAAUAUGAAAAGGAUAACACGAAGCAGGCCGAACACGAAAUGGACAUCGACGCGGCCUUCGAAAUACUCGACCAAGAAAUGAGCAAUGAAAGCUCGGUCAGCGACGUCGAAGAGGACUCAUCCAAAAGUGGCAGCGCGGUGGAUAAUCCGGAAGAUAUCAAACAGCAGCUUCGAGUUGCGGUGCCGUCCCGUAAGCGCACCUGGGAAGUGAACGGGCUCAAGGAGAUACUGGAUGAUCACGAGUUUCGAAUGCUCAGUCACGAGAAGGUGGAGAACUGGCUGCGCAAUCACAUGCACAGCAUCACGGGCCAAUUCAACGUGCACUAUCAGGCGCAGCAGGUGACCACGGUUACGGAGACGUGCAUGGAUGCGGACGCCGACUCGCUCUACUCGGUCGACACGGCGCAGUACAUCCGUUCGAACAAACAGAUCAGCAACAAGGUCAAGGUAACGACCAUGAUCAAGCAGUACGCAGUGACGAGCUCCAUCCGCCACGGACGACUGAACUCACUGGGUAGCAUUUACGACGAUCAUUCCAAUAGUGCCACGCAACGGAUGCUGACCAGAGCGCACUCUAAGUCCGAUAGUUCGUGUGACGUGAUGAGGCAAAUCACUGCGAUGCCACCGCAUACAAUUCCCAUCGAUCAUCGUCAGCAUCACCAACGCCAUCUACCACAACCGGAACCGGCCGCUUCCGAUUAUAAACGCCGAACUAGGAAGAAGGUGUUUAAAAAAACUCUCCCUCGAAAGCGACCAACAGUGACUGGCGAAGCUGCCCGUGGCAAUCCGGUUACAUCACCUCAGCUCCGGUACGAUCAGCGCGAAGUGUACGAAAAGGCACUUGAGCAGUGUGCGCGCAUGAAGAAAGCCAAAGCUCGUCGAACACCCUGCCGGAGGGUGACUCGACGGCAGACCAGUCGCAUGUACGCGUCAACGUCCUCAUCCGAGGGUGAAAAUCGGCUGGACGAUAGCGACAACAACGACGUGUUCCGCGCGGGCCCUUCUCAGAGAGUGAAACCAAUACUCGUGCCGAGGAAAAAUCUCUUCAUCCCGAAUGCCGUUAGUCCGUCUUCACCACCAACACCACAACCGUCCAACAGCCAGCAAGCGGUACCACUCAAUACUCCUCCACCAGCGACCAAAUCGUCUCCCACCGAGCGGGAGAUCGUAGAACCGUUUCAAUCGAUUACGCUCAGCGCCUCCAAGCGGAAGCGUCCACAGCCGGCUGGUCCGGCGGUGCAGAGUGUAGCCGGGCAACAGAGCCGGGAGCGUCCCAAGAAGCAGAUCGGCAUUCAACUGGACGGUUGCUACCAUGACGAGGGGAUCGUGAUCUACCGGCCGAAAACCAUCCGUCCGCAUCUGGGCGCCCAUGAACGGAUCCUGCUGCGCAUGGAAGAUCUCACGCUGGACGGUGUCGUGAAGGAGCGCCAUUUGGUCAAGUUCCGCGACUUCAAUUAUCGCGUCCACCCGAACUCGACCGUUUGCUUCUACCCGAGCGACUCGGACAGUGACGAUUGUCUAUCGGACGUGGAAAGCAAAAACAACGAUACGGAGAACUCGUACGAUGACGAUGAUCCCAUACUCACGUUUCAUCCGCGCAAAACCAACAUGCUCAAUGUGGUGGAGGUGCCGUACCGUCGGCGAAUCAGUUAAUUCCUUCGGCAGCAUGGAUGAGCGGGCUACUGAGAAUUCUACACAUAUACACACACACACACCUUCCGUGGUUUCCGUAGGGGAUGGAGUUUACUCUUAGGAUAUCCCUACAGCCACGUGUUCCUCAAGUGCAAAUAGUCUUUUGAAAAGUUCUGAUAGUUGGUAAGUUACAAACUUAAGUAAAUAAUCUUUCUCAUUUAAAACAGCAUCAAAAUCGUAUGGUUGCUACUUGAAAGACUUAAAUAAAUAAUGGUGCAUCGUACUUUUGUUACA